AUGGGCCCUUAUGAUGCUAUGCCUCCCAGGACGAAGUUUUACGUCUUCUACUGGGAGGGCAAAGAUCAUGAUGGGAUCGACUUGAGCAGCUUGAAGUCCUGCAGUUCUUGUGGGAAGCUGCGAGAUCCCUGGCGCUUCCGGCUCGACAACGUGCAGGCAUGUCUCCGGUCGUGCACCAAGGAAGGCGAGAUCUUCCGCGAGGAGGUCGCCGAGUUCUGGUGCGUUUCCCCCUGGACAAUCGUAUCCUACAACCUGCCAAAGUUCGCGGCAUACCUGUCCAAGAAGGGGACCAAGGCCCUGACAGAGAAUGUGGUUCUCGGCACAGCCAUGUCCAUAUACCAAGGCACCCCACAGAAGCUUGAGCCUGGCGUAUCUGUGCAAAAUUUAGGCUAUGAAGUGACCUGGCAGAACUGGCUAUGGUGGCGGGCUGGUGUCCUGAAGUCACGGGCACAGAAGAACGGCAGGAAGUGCGUGGUAAUGCAUUUGGAUGGCUCGGGAGAUGAGCUCUUGAACCACCCGAAGCCUUCGUCGGCCGAGCAGGACAUCGAGUCAGUGAUUCUACUCCUUGGUGGUCCUGAUGGUAUCAAGCCGGGAGUUGCUCGUGAGAUGCAUAACAUUCUGUCGCAAAAGUCGCACGCCUACCUCAAGGUCAGGCUUCCUGGUGGAAAGCAGCAUUCCAACGUGGCUAUCGGAGAUUUGUUCAUGGCGCAUGAUCGGGGAAGCUUGCUGCAUGACGUUCAACAGCGGCUGAAGAUGGGCAAAGAGAAGUACGCAGAGUUCAAGGACGGUGUGUCCACUCUGAUGGACUUGAUCGCCGACAGCUACGAGAAUCACGAGGAGGCCAUGCAGAUGCUGCAGAAGCUCAAGGCAGUUGCUGCCGGGCAGAGACAUGCUGACGGUGACAACUCCCAGAAGCUCACUCCAGAGAAGGCUGCCCUGUCCUCGAUCAAGCUCAGCCAGCAACAGCUGUAG